AUGCGGCCCAACUCAUUGCGCGAGAAGAGCGACGAUGAGAAGUCGAACAGCAGUCCCCAGGACCUCGAAGACAGCGAGCUUCCGCAUCCGUCUACGCGCCCACCCGCGAUUCCUGACGCAGAGGGCCGUCGCGAACUGAAGGAAUGGGAUUGCUGGGAUAGGCUGGCCUACUCAUGGCCAAAGUGGAAGAAGGCCAUGUAUCUUUCAUCAAUUGCUGGUAUUCAGAUAUCCAUGAACUUCAACACUUCGGUCUACCCAAGUGCCGUCAAACCCUUGGUUGAACACUUCGACAUCAGCGAUCAGCAAGCCCGAGUCGGUCAGAUGAUCUACCUAAUUAUGUACUCGUUUGGUUGCGAGCUAUGGGCUCCUUGGUCAGAGGAGUUUGGCAGGUGGCCAAUUCUGCAGCUGAGUUUGUUCUUCAUCAACAUCUGGCAAAUUCCCAACUCGGUCGCACCCAACUACGCCACUAUCGUCGUCUGUCGAGCCCUUGGCGGUUUGUCUACAGCGGGAGGUAGCGUUACGCUCGGAUUGAUCGCUGAUCUCUACGAACCGGAAACCCAGCACUGGCCCUUGCUCUUCAUCGUUUUAUCUUCUACGAUCGGUACCAGUAUCGGAGGCGUGAUCGGAGGUCCUAUCGAGAAAUACCUGUCAUGGCAGUGGAACUUCUGGAUCCAACUCAUCUUCGGCGUUGUGGUCCAAGCUGUGCACUUCUUCAUGCCCGAAAGUCGCUCCACAAUCUUGAUGGAUCGCGAGGCGAAGCGACGUCGCGAGAGUGGUGAAGACCCCAACAUCUACGGCCCGAACGAGCUCAAGAAGCCGCGCAUCUCGCUGAAGGAAGCUGGUAAGAUCUGGUUGCGGCCUUUCGAGAUGUUCGUGCGCGAACCUAUCGUCUUGUUCUUAUCUCUUCUCUCAGGCUUCUCUGAUGCUCUGAUCUUCACGUUUCUGGAGGCUUUCGCGAUCACAUACCCAACCAACUUUGGGUUCGGCACCCUUCAGGUUGCCUGGGCGUUUAUUCCGAUCAAUGCGUCCUACGUCUUUACCUAUUUCCUGUACUAUCCCAUUUUUUGGCGAAAUGAAUCUCGAAUAAAGAGACAUGGCCCCGACUACUACGCGCCUGAACGACGUCUGCAGCCUUUGUUGUGGCUUGCGAUCUUUGAGCCCAUUGGUCUCAUUGGCUUUGCAUGGACCUGCAUUGGACCACCACAGACACAUUGGAUCGCGCCCUUCAUCUUUAGCUUUUUAGUGGGUCUCGCCAACUUCGCCAUCUACUACUCGUCCGUCGACUACAUGAUUGCAGCCUACGGCCCGUACGCGGCUUCUGCUACUGGUGGCAAUGCAUUCGCUCGCGAUUUCCUCGCUGGUAUAUCCGCAAUGUACGCAGCGCCUCUGUACCACAACCUCAGCCAAACCCGUCCAUCAGAGCUAGCAACCACAACACUGGCAGGAUUAUCCUGUCUUGUUGUUGUGCCGAUCUACGUUUUUUACUAUAAAGGGCCGGAGAUCCGGAAGGCGAGUAAAUUUGCCUCAAUCCUUGCAGAAGACAGGAAGGCAGACAACGUUAGACGACUCAGCAAAGCGGACAAUCUCCCGGCCUAG